AUGGUUCUGAAUGAGUUUUUGGAAGCUCUUCUUGCGAACCACAUUCUGCACGGACUGCUCAAGAAGCACACGCGAAAACCUCAUCUCACUUGUGAUACCACGGACAAUCAGCCACUGCACACAUUGCUUUAUCUUGCUCCUUUCAUUCUUUUGGUCAGUAGCAAUGAGAGUCUCUACCUCACGAGGAAUGAUAAGGUGCAGAGUCUGCCCCUUACCAAUUCCUCUCAUCCUCCAUGCACCCUGCGAGUAAUCCCUGAGCGUCAUAUCGGCGCCAAUCGUUAUGAAUGCAGUUGCGUGCGCCGCUUGUCGGAUGUCUUGCCCGGUUGCGUGCACCUGAUCGUAGAAACUCAGGCGCCGCUCGGGAGGAAUACCACAGUGUGUCAGAAGGGUGCUGCGCCAGCGGUCACGCAGAAGCACCAUCUGCCUGUCCAUAUCAUCAAGGUAUACAACACCAUCAACGUGGUCCAGACCACGCUUAAGCAAUUCCUGCGCAACUUGCAAGUUGCUAAGGCUGGUAAUGAGCGCACCAGUGUCAAUCAAAGCCAGUGGUUUAAGAGGGCUCUUAGCCACCAGAUCCAAAAUAGUUUCACUGGUCCAUCCCUUUUGCAAUAUCGUAGGUCCUUUGACGACAUUAUCGUCGGUGAGUAUCUUGAGGAUCAUACCGUCCGUACCUUCACUGUAGUGGCACUUGCCCAUUUCCACAGGCAACAGCUGCGAAGGCGUUCCAGAGAAACCCAACCUGAUGGGGAACAGCAUGGAGCUUCCAAGUUCCAUGGCACUGGCUGUGAGCUGCAGUGUGGUGUGUUCCAUGGCCUCGGGGAAGAGGACGUUGCACAAGAAGUACUCGAUAACGAGACCGUCGUUCUUCAGCAAGUUGUACAACACAUCCAACUGCUCCUCGUCGUAAACAUUGACAACAUCCAAUGUCCAUAUAUCGGCUGCACGAUCCACAUAUUCGACUGGUUUGAAUAUAUGCUCAUCCGUAAUAUCGCACAAGUAAUGGUAUUGCCUAGUGGUUUUACGCUUAGACUCCCUGAGGCUACCACCAGCACUCAGCACCCAUCUGUUGAAUGUUUUGAACGCCUGUCUUUCCGACAAAUGACCCGGUUCCUCGUAGAACUGUUGAGCUAG